AUGGCGGUUGCGCGCAGAAAAUUCUUGCAGAGCAGGCAAGUAGGGUCUCUUCUCUUUUUGUUGUGCAUAUCUACGGGGAGCGCGGCCACUAUCCGCUAUUCGGUGGCGGAAGAGAUGGAGAGUGGUUCGUUUGUGGCUAAUGUGGCCAAGGACCUGGGGCUGGAGGUAGGGAAGCUGGCUGCGCGGGGGGCGCGACUGGUUUCCGAGGGCAGCAAAGUGCAUUUCCGGCUCCACCGCAAGACAGGGGAUCUGUUCGUGAAGGAGAAACUGGAUAGGGAGUCGCUUUGUGGCAAAGCUGACCCGUGUGUGCUGCACUUUGAAAUAGUCCUGGUGGAGCCGCUGCAGUCCUUUCGUGCUGAGGUCAGGGUAUUUGAUAUCAAUGACAAUGCCCCGAUUUUCCUGAACAAGCAGCCGCUUUUAAAGAUUCCGGAGAGCACACCCUUGGGUUCACGUUUUCCUCUGCAGAGCGCCCAGGAUCUGGACGUGGGCCUCAAUGGUCUUCAGAACUACACCUUGAGCCCCAACGCGUAUUUCCACCUGCACACCCGUUUUCGCAGCCAAGGGCCCAAAUAUGCCGAGCUGGUCCUGGAUAAGCCUCUGGACAGAGAGGAGCAGCCUGAAGUCAACCUGACCAUUACGGCGGUGGACGGCGGGUCCCCACCCAAAUCUGGCAUCGCCCACAUCCGCGUGGAGGUUCUGGACGUCAAUGACCACGUACCUCAGUUCUCUAGACUGGUGUACCGCGUUCAGGUGCCGGAAAAUAGCGCCAAUGGUUCUUUGGUGGCCACUGUGAGUGCCACAGACCUGGACGAAGGCUCCAACAAGGAAAUAACGUACUCCUUAGCUCAAAACCCAGAAACAAUUCUCCAGACAUUUCAGAUUGACUCUCAAACUGGAGAGGUUCGACUAAGAGGGCCCCUAGAUUUUGAAGCAAUUGAAACAUACGAUAUUGACAUUCAAGCCACAGACGGAGGGGGCCUCUCUGCCCACAGCAAAGUCCUGGUGGAAGUGGUGGAUGUGAAUGACAAUCCUCCUGAGGUGACAGUCUCCUCUGUAUCCAGCCCUCUCCCCGAAGACUCCCCACUACAAACUGUAGUAGCCCUUUUCUCUAUUCGAGACCGGGACAUUCAGGUGGGAGGAAAAAUCAUCUGCUUCCUCAGAGAAGACCUUCCUUUUGCAGUCAAACCUACUUUCCGGAAUUCUUACUCACUGGUUACUGACAGAGGCUUGGAUCGGGAAGAGGUUUCCGGCUACAAUGUCACUGUUGUUGCCAUGGAUACUGGGCCACCCAGUCUGUUCACAGAAACUGUGAUUGAGGUGCUAAUAUCUGACAUCAAUGACAACCCCCCAGUAUUUCAGGAAGACUCCUACAUUUUGACUGUUCGAGAAAACAACAGCCCAGCAAUUUUUAUUGGCAAAGUUCAUGCUGAAGAUCUAGAUUUGGGUGAGAAUGCCCAAGUAACAUAUACUUUGCUGCCUCCAAAAAGUGGAGAUUUAGCCGUGUUUGCUUAUAUCUCCAUAAAUUCAGAUAACGGGAAGCUCUAUGCACUGAGAACCAUUGAUUAUGAGGCCAUUCAAGAUUUUCAGUUUGUGGUAAAGGCAACUGAUGGGGGCUUCUUGUCAUUGAGUAGCCAGGUUACUGUCAGAGUGGUUAUUCUGGAUGACAAUGACAACCGCCCAAUGAUCUUGUACCCACUGCAGAAUGGCACCUCACCCUGCAAUGACUUGGUGCCCAGGUCUGCAGAUGUGGGCUACCUGGUAACCAAGGUAGUGGCUGUGGAUGGUGACUCAGGUCGGAAUUCUUGGCUCUCAUAUCAUCUCCUUAAGGCCACUGACCCUGGGUUAUUCUCUGUUCAACAGCAAAAUGGGGAAAUCCGUACAUUGCGGCAGAUAUCUGAGAGAGACCCUAUGAUUCAGAAACUGAUCGUUCUUGUUCAAGAUCAUGGCCAACCAGUUCUUUCCACUACUGCCUCACUCAACAUCUUGCUGGUAGAUGGAUUUUCUGAACCUUAUCUGCAAUUCCGGAAUCCAUCCAAGAAUCCUACAAGGGUAAAUCCAUCCACUAAAUAUUUGGUCAUUUCUCUAGCUGUGCUUUCCUUUCUCUUUCUCCUGUCUGUCACAGUGAUCUUUGUUCUUCACAUCUACCAGAAGGUUAAAUAUAGAGAAAAGUUCACAGUUCAAGAGCAUUUCUAUGAUGACUGUAAUUUCCCUAACAACCUGGUACAAGGAGGGGCCAGUGGGUCUUUAUCUCAGCCGUGUCCCUAUGAAAUGUGCUCAGCCACUGGCACCAGCAAUAGUGAGUUUCGGUUUCUUAAGCGCUUUAUGCCCAACUUUCCCUUCCCCCAUGGCACUGGAGAGGCAAAAACAGAGGCUUGCUCCAGUUUACCACCAGAUUCUGAGAGGAAUAGGUCUCAGGGGUCAGAGGAUCAUGGUCGAGUAUCCGACAACUGUAUGUAG